CACCAAAUAAUCAUGGCGCCGGCCAAAAGACGCAACGUGAUUUCGGCGAAAACAUCAGAACAAAGUGGAAAAAGAGCUAAAAUUGACCUUAAUACCAAAGUUGAAAAUGUACUUGAGAGUAGAAAAAAUGCCAACGACGUUUUCGACAUCCUCGAGUUCCUUGAGUCAGAAAAAGAGAAAGAUGUUGUCAAUGCCGCCAAUGCCUGCAGCAAAUUGUUCUGCACCUUGUUGGAGAAGAAAGAGCUGUUUUUGGGGAAACUGCCUGGAGAGGAGGAGGAGGAGGAGGAGGUGGCGGCGGCGUUGAGUGGUGGGUUGAGUGCUGAAGAGAAGUACCGCAUGUUCAUGCGACACCGAUACAACAGCUGUGUGGAGAUGCUGCUUGAGCACCUCAACCAUGAGCUUCAUGAUGUGAAGGAGAGUGCUCUGUGCUGCCUCAUGAAGUUUGCUGCAGGAGAAGGACAUCAUCCACUCCAGGACUUAGACUGGAGUGAACACUACAGCUUCCCCAGAGAACUCAUCCAGGCAGUGGUGGACAGACUGCUGACCAAAACAACAGACAACUACUUGCUGAUCUCCAGGUUCUUCGAGUUCCUUGAGAUGGAGGACGUACGCUAUUAUGUCAUGAGUUCCAUCCGUGAGAAUGUGGCCAAAGUCAUGAACAAAAACAAAGGGGCGUUGGUGCCUGUGUAUCAGAACAACGUUUUCACCCUCAUGUCCAACAUCGGCAUGCCAAGCCAGGAGUCGGAGCUCACCAACUUCAUGAUCAAACAGGAAGCCAAGCACGAGGACUGGAAAGCUGCUAAGCUGAAUGAACACAAGCGUGCCUUUGAGAGGAUGUGGCUGGGCUUUCUCAAGUAUAAGCUGCCAAGCAGCAUGUAUAAAAAGAUCUUGGUGAUCCUCCAUGUCUCCAUUUUGCCCAACUUGAGUAAACCCACACUGAUGAUCGACUUCUUGACCGCGGCCUAUGAAGUCGGUGGGGCUAUCAGCCUGCUGGCCCUCAAUGGGCUUUUUGUCCUCAUACAUCAACACAACCUAGAUUACCCGGAUUUCUACAAGAAGUUGUAUAAUCUGCUUGAGCCUUCUGUUUUCCAUGUUAAGUACAGAGCGCGCUUUUUCCACCUAGCUAACCUCUUCCUUAGCUCCAGCCACUUGCCAGUGUACCUCGUGGCUGCGUUUGCCAAACGCCUGGCUCGCCUGGCUCUCACAGCGCCGCCUACAGCCCUCCUCAUAGUGCUGCCCUUCAUCUACAACCUGAUCCGGCGCCACCCGUCCUGCAGAGUCCUUAUUCACAAGCCCAGCACACAGGAUGAGCCCGUGGAGGACCCGUAUCUAAUGGACGAAGAGGAUCCUGCCCAGUGCCGUGCCUUAGAGAGCAGCUUGUGGGAGAUUAAGACACUGCAGAAGCAUUACCAUCCAGAUGUGGCCAAAGCUGCUGGGUCCAUCAACACACCUCUGUCAGGAAAAGAGGAGGACAUCAACGAGGUGCUGGAGAUAACAACAUAUGAGCUGAUGGAGAGAGACCUGAAGAAAUCUCAGAUCAAGACUGUCCCUCUGGAGUUUGAAACAGCCACACAGUUACUAAAAGGAGGGGGAGAUGUGUUAGGACAGCACUUCUGUCUGGAUUAAAACAAGAAAAAAUGAGCGACCUGCAUUCUUACACGCUAUACAAAUCUGGGACCAGUUCAUCUGUCAAGGUGACCGUUUAUAGCCGUUUGGCCCGGACAGGAAGUGAGAACAAACUUCUCUUUGAGACCAGCAGCAAGAACAACAUACAUGCGUUCAACCUGGAGUUGUGUUUUUGAUGUUUUUCUCCAUGACUAUUGAUGUCUUUGAUGUGUAACUAUCGUGUAUCAGUAAAAUCAUGGUGAAUAAAUCUCUUGGUUUGUA